AAGCCGCAAAAAAUUAUUGUCUAUCAAUUGUCAAUGUAUCGCGUUUCCGAUAUACGUUACGUGAGAAUCUACGAAUAAUUUAUUAAAUUUUACAUUAUUUAUCUUUAAAUAAUUGUUACUUUCGAGUGCACCUAACCUCCUCCAGGUGUUUAUUCGAAACUAAAUACUGAUAUCACUAUUCGGUAUAAGUGGUUUACAAACUGAUGUCGAACAAGUGCGAUUUCGGUCAUAUCAGUUCAUUUCUCGUUUGAUUUCAAUAAUUGUUCAAUAAUAGUUUCGUUAUUAAGAAUACCUUCGGCCUACUUCUUACGGAAUAGCUUUAACUGCGUUUCAAAUGUACAAUAUACAUCAAUAAUAUUGGAAGAUGAUGAGUGCUCAAUUGUUAUGAAGGAUUAAGAAAAUUAUUUCUAUAGCUUACAUAGGAAUACACCAUCAUUGUAUAACCAUUUUAUAGCAAUGGAGGGUUCGUACCAGCCUUCAUCUAAUUACCAGCAAAACCAAUCGACGACUUAUAGUCAAAGUUCAUAUAAUAACGGAUUUAAUAUUCAGCUAGCAAAAGAAAAUGGUACAAACAAUUACUAUAAUAGCACACCUUUAACUGCUCCAUUUGCUUAUAAUAAUGCUAAUGUUCCUUACAAUAUGGGAUACAAUAUAAUGACUCCAAAUAUGCCAUAUACUAAUGAAUCUUUGGUUUCAUCAACAAGCUCUUCAAAUAUUAAUUAUAACAAUAGUAGUUAUAUACCUUCAACAGUGUAUCCAUAUAGUAAUAUACCUCAACCUCAACAACCACAGAUAACUGGAUAUUUCAGUAAUGAAUCAUUAACAGAUGUAACAAAAAAAACAUUUCCCAAUGAAUACAUACAAUCUUCAUCAAAUAGUAUAAUGUAUAAUGAUAAAUAUACAACUAAUAUUCCCGUACAUAUCAACCAACCUGACACUUAUAAAGCACCAGUAAAUAACAAACAAUAUUUAUCAUCUAAUCAAGCUUGUAAUGAUGUAAAAGAAUCAAAAAAAAAAGAUGAAUGGUUUGAUUUGACAUCUAAAUUUUUGAAUAAUAGUGUAAAAAGUACUAAUAGAAAACCUUCAUCAACAUCAAACCAUACUCCUAGUAUUUCAAAACGUUCUCGCCGUUCUUCAUCUCCGAAAUCUCGUAAUAUUAGUAGGGAAAAAAGUGUUAAAAGUACGAAAGCAAGUGAAGAUAUGUCUAGUGAAGUGUCUGAAAUGAAAAAAUUAUCUAAUAUGUCUAUUCAACAAAUAAUUGACUAUGAAAAAAAAAAGUGGAGCAAAUCAGCACCAACAGAUGUAUAUUACAAAAAACCUGAUGACAAUUCAAAAAUUACUUUUGGAAAUAAUAUCGCACUAAGUGUAUGUGAUGAAUUUGAAAAGACUUUAGGAAAACGUGUUUCUAGUAUUAAUGAAAAUAAACCAGUUAUUUGUAAACCUCGUAAAGUCAAUGUUAAUGUUCAUAAACAUAAACAUAAAUGUUCAGGUAAUAAUGGUUCUAGUACGUCUGAUGAUGAUGAUGAUGACGAUGAUGAUGAUGAUGAUGAUUACUAUGAAAAAGAAAAUUCUACACUUAAAGAGCUCGAUAGAAAAUGUUCACAUCCAGAUAGACUUCACUCAGAAUUAUGGUAUAAUGAGGUUGGAGAAAUGAAUGAUGGUCCAAUGUGUAAAUGUAGUGUUAAAUCGCAAAGAUCUGGUAUACGGCAUAAUAUUUAUGUUGGAGAAGGUCCCUUUGAACCUUGUUUACCAAAUUCAAAUAAUAGUGACAAAUUAUUUCAUUAUAGAAUUACUAUUACUCCACCAACAAAUUUUUUACUAAAGAGCCCUACAGUUAUUGAAUAUAAAGGAAAUAAAUAUACUUUUGAAGGCUUUUCAUUACUAUCUCACUACCCUAUUCCUAUUUUACCCACUUGUAAAGUUAUUCGUUUCAACACUAAUUAUGCAAUAUUAUACAUAGAAGAAAAGAUUCCAGAUAACUUUAUAGUGAAGGAGUUGCAAUUAUUUUAUGAUUAUUUAUUUAAAGAUAUUUUGGAAUUAGUUGAUUUAGAUUUGCAUGGUGUAGGUAAUAAAGAUGGAUGUCCUCAAUUUCAUUUCAUGCCUCGCUUUGUAAGAGAUUUGCUUGGUAAUGGCAAAGAAGUACUUUCUAUGAAUGAAGUUCUUAAAUAUCUAUUAAAUAGCAACAAAUUACUUUUUGAAGAAAACUCUUUAUCUGCUUUAAAAAAUAUGCCUAUGAAUGAAUGGCAAAAUAUAGUAGAUGAAUACAAAGGCAUGAUAGUUACAAACCCUAGAACUAAACCAUUUUCGAUACGUGUUGAUCAGUUAGAUAGAGAUACUGUUAAUGAAGGUAAUGAAAAAAAAGUAAACAAUGAUUAUCCAGUUUUGGUACAUUUUGGUAUUCGGCCACCUCAACUUAGUUAUGCUGGUAACCCAGAUUAUCAAAAAGGCUGGCGUGAUUAUGUGAAAUUUAGACAUCUUCUAGCAAAUAUGCCCAAACCAUCAUUCGAAGAUAAAAGAAAACUGGAAAUGAAAGAAAGAUCUUUACAAGAAAUGAGAUCCCAUAAUAAAAUGAAACGUGGAGUGACUGCUGCAGUUUCUAGUAAAGGAUUUUAUAAAACUGGACUCAUGUGUGAUAUUGUUCAACACGCAAUGCUUUUACCAGUACUUGUGUGCCAUUUUAGAUUCCAUAAAUCUUUGGAAUACUUAGAAGAUACUAUAGAAUAUAAAUUUAAGAACAAAUAUUUACUUCAACUUGCAUUAACUCAUCCUUCAUAUAGAGAAAAUUUUGGUACUAAUCCCGAUCAUGCAAGAAAUACUCUUACCAAUUGUGGUAUAAGACAACCAGAAUAUGGAGAUAGGCGUAUUCAUUAUAUGAACACAAGAAAAAGAGGUAUAAAUACAUUAAUCAAUAUAAUGUCACGGUUUGGUAAAAAAUCAGAAAUGGAAUCAAAUAUAAUGCACAAUGAGCGUCUAGAAUUUUUGGGGGACGCUGUUGUUGAGUUUGUGUCUUCUAUUCAUUUAUUUAAUAUGUUUCCAGACAUUGAAGAAGGAGGAUUAGCCACAUUUCGAGCAGCUAUUGUUCAAAAUCAACAUCUUGCUGUUUUGGCAAAGACUUUGAAGUUAGAUGAUUAUAUGCUAUAUGCUCAUGGCUCUGAUUUAUGUCAUGAUUCUGAGCUAAAGCAUGCAAUGGCUAAUUGUUUUGAAGCUUUGAUGGGUGCUCUGUUUUUAGAUGGUGGUAUUGAUGUAGCUGAUCGUGUGUUUGGAAAAACAUUUUAUAGGGAUUCACCAGAAUAUCUCGAUAUUUGGGUAAACUAUCCCAAACAUCCCUUGCAACAACAAGAACCUGAAGGUGAUCGUAAAUGGAUUAAAAAACUACCAUUACUUCAAAAACUAACAAACUUUGAAGACUCUAUAGGCAUAAAAUUUACCCAUAUAAGAUUAUUAGCUAGAGCAUUUACUGACAGAAGUGUGGGUUUCACAAAUUUAACACUUGGUUCAAAUCAACGACUUGAGUUUUUGGGGGAUACUGUUUUACAAUUAAUAGCUUCAGAUUAUUUGUACAAAUAUUUUCCAGAACAUCAUGAAGGUCACUUAUCUCUCCUUCGGAGUUCUUUAGUAAACAAUCGAACUCAAUCUGUAGUAUGUGACGAUUUAGGUAUGGUCAGUUAUGCAUUAUAUGCAAAUCCAAAAGCUGAAUUAAAAACAAAAGAUAGAGCUGAUUUGUUAGAAGCAUUUCUUGGAGCUUUAUAUAUUGAUAAAGGCCUAACAUUCUGUCAAGCAUUCUGUAAUAUAUGUUUCUUCCCUCGUCUACAUGAUUUUAUUCUAAAACAAGACUGGAAUGACCCAAAAUCUAAACUACAGCAAUGUUGUCUAACAUUACGAUCAGUUGAUGGUGGUGAACCUGAUAUACCAGUGUAUAAAGUGAUAGAAUGUAUGGGACCAACUAAUGGUCGAAAAUAUACAGUUGCUGUUUACUUUAAAAGUGUGAGGUUGUCACAGGCUACUGGCCAUAGUAUACAACGAGCUGAAAUGAAUGCUGCCAAUAGUGCAUUAGAAGUAUCUAAAGAUUUAUUCCCACAGUUGGAUCAUCAAAGACGUGCUAUAUCAAGAAGCUUACGUCAUCAGUGUUCAGAUGGUCAAGCAAACAUUGAUGACAUAAUUAAGUUAAUAGAAUCCAAUUCAACCAAAAAUGAAUCGGAUAUGAGUGAUUUGGAUUUGGCUAAAAGAAAACUCCAUAGAAAACUAUUAGCGGUAUUAUGUGCUAAUAAAAAUACUGAUAUAGAUCAUUAUUCAGAACCAGAAAAAAAAAAGAAAAAAAAAUGAAGACAAUUUUUACGCUUUCACAUUUAUAUGUAAUGUAUU